CGGAGCCUCCCCUCCUCUCCCCACAGCAGCGCCUGCCGCUGUAGGAGCCGGCUGGCAGCAGGCGCGGAGCCGAAAGCCAUCUUUGCCGGAGAGGGAGCCAGCGCAGCCCGCUCGCCAUGUCUGUUCCAGCAUCUGCCCAGGGUCCCGCAGGGGCUGCAGGGGCUGCAGGGCCCCCCCCUGCCACCAACGUGUCCAGCAACAAGAGGCUGCAGCAGACACAAGCCCAGGUGGACGAGGUGGUGGACAUCAUGAGGAUGAACGUGGACAAGGUGCUGGAAAGGGACCAGAAGCUGUCGGAGCUUGACAACCGGGCAGAUGCCUUGCAAGCAGGUGCCUCACAGUUUGAGACCAGUGCAGCCAAGCUGAAGAGGAAAUACUGGUGGAAAAAUUGCAAGAUGAUGAUCAUCCUCGGUGUAGUAUGUGCAAUCAUUCUCAUUAUAAUUAUAAUUUAUUUCUCCACUUGAAAAAGCAGAGAAGGAAGACUUGGCACACCUUUGUUCAUAUCAACCGACGAUAUCAGUGUUCCUUUGUUGAACUCCGCUUUUUAAUUCCCGGUGUCUUGGGAUUUUUGCUUGUAAUAACCCAUAAGCAUUCAGUGUGGUGUAUUUUGGAAUUCUGUUGUUUCCACAAGAAACUGUACCAGCUAAAUACUGCCAAGUAGUUCCAUACACUGUCUAAUCACUGUGUCUUAAGAUGUGUACGCACUGACCUUCAGAAACUGUAGUAUAUGAAAAGCAUCCUAAAACAUCUCAGAACCAGAGAAUGCAGCUGUGGGGAAACUCCUGUUUAAAGGGACACUGCCAGGUGGAUUGGACCCAAAUCUAAGGUUGCAGCAAACAUUAGGACCAAAAUUCUCAAUGUGAGCUCCUAAAGUUGGAUGGCAAAAUCCAUUGUCAGAUGUAUCUGUUACUCCCAUUGAAGAGAGUGAUACCUCUAAGUAUUCAUGUAAGAUAUCAUAUUUCAGUUUAGCCAACCAAACACAGAUUUCUUUGAGGUUAGAUGUAGAAUCCAAGUCUAAAAACAUUGUUCACAGAAAAUUAAGACUGAUUUAUCAUCUUUUAUGGAUUUAAUCUUUUUCCUUAUGGAAAAACCUCUUGGUGUUCUGAACAACCAAGAUGGCCUCAAUAUGAAAGCCAGAAAGGAAAAAAAAACCUGUGUGACAGCCAAAAAGCAUUAACUAGUACAGUCCUGAAAAAGCCAAGUGAAAAGCAGAAGUGGUGAUGCAAGCAUCACCAAUGACUCAGGUACAGUCUGUCGCUGAAAACUCAAGGCACCUUUAGUGAGGUUUCAUGGGACACCUCUUGGAUGCCAAUCCCCAAUAAUUAGGCCAUGACCUGAAGCCUCUCAUCAGUUUUGGUGGUGCCUGUGGCUGCCCAGCUCUGUGGAGGAAGCUGCCUCUGCAGCAGUUUGCAGAAAUGGUCCCCACUGCCAGGAUGGUUCAAAAAUCAGGAAGAAGGAAGGGGGGAACAGUGGGGAGAGGCUGAGGAAGGGAAGGGUGCCUAGCAAAGCUUUCCUGGAGAAGAGGAAAGAACAGAAACACUGUUCAAAGUAGUGGUGUUAAUAGGCUUUAAAAAGAUAUAUUUUAAUUUGUGCAUGUGGAUAGUUCAUAGACUAUAGUGUCAUCAUUGUAAAGUGCUCAGCUGAGAUACCUAUUAUACUCAAUUAAUUUAAACUAACAUUUGAUGUAAUUAAAAGAAAUUAUAUAUUGUGGCUUGAGAGAAAGUUCUUUAUGCUUUUGUGAAUUUCUUGUUUUUCUUUUUAAAACAGUGAAUAGUUUAAUCAUCUUUAACCAAAUUAAAAAUUAAUUAAUCAAAUUUUGAGCCAGGAAAUUCAGAAAAGGAUCUUUUCAGAAUAACUCCUUCAGAAUUUCUAAAAAGAAUUCAUAGAAUUAAAAAAAAAAAAGAAUUUGAUGUGUUGGGGUUUUUUGUCUGCAAUUUAAUUAGGGAAUUGAAACAGUGAUAAUAGUAAUGUAAAUAUUCCCACUGUGGAGUAUUUCUCUUGCACAGUUUUAGAGAAAAAAAAUUGAGAGCCUGACCAGUUUGUUGCUGUGAAUCUAUAUAUAAAUUGUGCUGAAGUAGCAUUUUGCAGAGAGAAUAAGUAAUGAUCAAUUAAAAGGUUCCAGUUGCAUUUUUUCCCUAAAUAUUUAUCACUUUAUAGUUACCUGUACUACUUCAUAUCAUUAAGUCAUAAGUGGCCCCAGCCUUUAUGAAGCUGAAUAUUCAAAGUUACUGAUGUGAUCCUGGACUCCCUGGUGUGCCCUGAUCACUUCAGUCCUUCACUGGGUGAGAACACAAACAAUUCAGAAAUCCUGGGCUGGACAAAAACAAGCAGGGAUGAAUGGCCUGACUCUGUGAGGUGACACAACUGUGUAUAAAUGAGCUUUCACUGGGAGAGAAAUGAGCCAUCCAACUUCAGGAGCCUUUUUAAACUGCUAAGGUAACUGGAAUUAUCUGCUGAGAGUGGGACCUGCCACCCACACCCGUGUUGGGCGUGGUGUCCUCUCAGGGCUUCUCUGCUGAACAGACUCAUGAGAUGAAGACAGCUUUUGCUGGAGGUGGUGCAAUCAGGAAGGUGAAAUGCUGAUACUGAGCCUUAAUACAGAUGUUCCUUCUCCUCUGGGAGGCUGAACUGAUACUCAGCUGAUAGGAGUGCAAAUGCACAUUAACGAGUUUGAAUCCUCUAGCUACAAACACAUAAAGCUCCAACAUGAAACUGCAGUGGAAGUGCUACAAGGAUGCAAAGCUCACAUCCUCCCAGCUAAUGUAGUUCAAGCAAGUUAAUAAUAAAAAUCAAAUCUCACCUUUAGCUGAGUGGAGAACAGAAACUGCUCUUUGUGGAAUGUGGAUCCAUUCUCUCUCAAAAUUGUAACUAAUGGGGAUGACUGCUAAAUAUAAGUGAGAAUUUGUGAGGAAAAGUUAAGAAAUCUGCCUUCUAGUGGGUUGUAGAAUGUUUCCUCCUGACUAUUUCCUCCUGUGUGGUGAUGAAGUAUGGUAAAUUAAUGUGUUUAACUUUUCAAAGUUAUUGGCCCACAGUGUGCUCAUGAAUGCUCAAUGUUUGCUACUGCUUGUGCUGUGGUGGUUGGUUGUAAUUGGUGAGAUAAACCAUGUAAUCGUUCUAAUUCUGCCCAGAGAGCAUGAACAAAUGUGUCUUGCCCUGAUGCACAGAGCUCAGCUGCUCUUGCAGAGGGUUAUACCUUCAGCCAGGAGAACAUGAUAAUGCAGGACUGUUCAGGGUCAUAGAUUGUGCAACGGCAUCUCUCACAUCCGUGCAGGCUGGUGCAGAGCACAAUCUAUAUAAGCACAGUUGGAGCCAGCAUUGAUUGCCUUCCACUCUACGUUUGAAAGGUCUGUGCAGUUACACCUGCCUGCCUGUGGAUUUUCCAUGAAAUGGUUAAAUCAUUCUUGUUCAGUCACCCCCAAUUAGAAUUUCAGCUCCUGCUCUGUGCCACUGAUAGUGCCUGGGCUCUUCCUCUGGGCUGGUAAAACGUCACAAAAGGGCUUCCUUUAGUGACACCUGUCAAACCCUCAGGGGACUGCAGGGCCAUGGCUGACUGCCACCUUGGGGACCAAACUGAGGCCUCUUCUGGCUGGAAGCAAUGCCUUUGAUAGCUUUAUCCAGAAUUAGACAUUGUUUGAGACCUGCAUAUUCCAUCCUUACCAGAAGCUCCUCCUUUCUGGAGGCUGUAGAGCAGGAGAUGCCCUUCCCACACAGCACGGCUGAAAGGAAGGGGUUAACAGCUGCUCAGUGCCUGUACCAUGGCUGCUGCUUGUCUUCUCAGUGAUCUUGUCAAUGAUCCUCCAUCAGCUUCUGAGCUUGAACAAGGGUUGCUUGCACCCACUAUCAACAGGCUGCCGAGGUCCUGCUUGGGCGUUACACUUUCAAAUUUAGCUCACAUUGCAGUGACACGGAUGUGGCUUUAAACCCAAAAACACAGAUGUGGCUUUAAACCCAAAACCGGUGUUGCACAGAACUUGGCAAGAAAACUUAGUGUGGAAGCCCUAACGAGGUACUUGACCUGAUUUUCACUUGACAGCAUUACAUAACAGCACAGUCAAUCCAACAGAGUCCAACCUAAUCCAAUACUAUUAGAAGGAGGAUGGGAGAAUCUGAUAAAGAUUCUGAACGUAACCUAGGGUCUGUAAGACAAGGAGUGAUUUAGAAAUGUAAUCAGUUGGACUACUAAAGCUGGCAUUUUCAUUCAGUUGGAACCUGCAGGAUGUUACCCCCAGGAACUAUUCAGGCAAGUAAAAUGUUUGGCUUUUUUUCUUUUUAUAUAGUGAUCUGCUGUAAGUGACUUAAACAGUGAUGGAAGAUCAGGACAUUAUUGAUUGUGCAAGGAAUUAAUUAGAACAGCCUCAGUCUGCUAUGCUUUUGUCUGGGUAGCAAGACCUUUUAAAAUUCCAUGGUUUCUGUCACUGCUCUUGUGACAAGGCUUCACCUAGCUUUGAUUUUAUGAGCUGCUGCACUACUUCUUGUCUGAGUACAAUGGAUUUUAGCUUUUAGGACCAAGUUCUUGACUUUACAUCGAUAUUUCAGCAUACCUGCAAAAUGAUGUCUGUUUCCCAGAAGGGCAUUGACCAUGGGAAACUCAAACUUGAGGAACUUUCAGAAGCUCGAUCUCAACUCUUUCAUGCUUUCAUAGAGUGAAUUUUCUCUGUUCUGUGGGAGAUUAUCCACACAGAGGGAAUAUGCAUGAUCUGGGUUUUUUUUUUUUAAGACAGCACCUUGAUUGCGUGUUGGUGGGAGACCUUCACAAAUAACCUCGGGAGCACUUGGGUAUGAUCCAGGAUUUAUCUCUCAGCCCUGCUCCUCCUGCCCUUUAAACAAGGAAGGGGCUAAACCAGCAGCCAUAUAAGGCACUGGGCUCCCUCCCAAUGUACACAGUGAGUAUUAGAGAAAGGUCUCAAAGUCUCUUUGAUCUGGAUUUGCAUCCUGACCUGAACUUUAGACCUGUAACAGAUCAUAACCUUUGGGCCCUCUAUCUCGUCAGAAGACUGAGAUGCUCUUCCAGCCAGUUCUUCCUCACCUGAUUUAGGUCCCUGUUUCUGGACAGGAUAUAUUUGAGCCAGAGAAAGCACAAGCAUGCUCAAAUUAGCUUCUUUAAAAGAAAAAUCAAAAGGCUGAAGAAGGUAGUUUGAAAAAAAAUGAAUUGUAGCUAGAGAAAUUAUUGGCUGAAGAUUUCUCAAAUGGUAACACUAUUGUCAGGAGGGAUACUAGAUUGGGAUGUAUGAAACAACCAAACCAGAACCUCACACCAGGUGUUCUUUCUCCAUCUGGUCUACUUCAGAAAUACUUCAGGAAAGGAUUUUGUUUUCUUCUCCAGUUAAUUUCCCUUCCUCAGCUGAUUAAUGUGUGUCUCAGUUGAUGUGCUCAGUAGUUUUUCUUCUCCAUUGAGAACCCUAAGACACUCUGCCUUUAAACACAUGCAUAAAAAGAGAUCUGAGCCACCCAAGGAGUUUACCUUCCUUCCUGGUGCACUGACAUUUAAAAGCUACAUCUUAGAAUAAAGCAGGAAAACUGUGGCAGUCUGGUUACAUGCAGUUUUGGUGGAGUAAACACUUGAUUAUUCAACAAUGAGUCACUCCUGCAGUAACCUCAUUCUGUCAUGAGUGUAUCACAUCUGCUAACUCUCCAAAGCAAAAAACCAGAACCUGCACCUCUUCAAAACAUGAAUACAGCCUCGUGGUUUGCACGUAACACUCUAUUCAACCAAAAAAGCCAUGUGCUAUACUUUUAAAAGGGCAAAGUACUUGUUCUCAAAGAGAAAAUAUCAUAGAGAACAACAAAGACAAUUAUGAAAAAAAAAACUUCUCCAUUCUUUAGCUCUUCUCACAGUGUCUGGCUUAACCAUUAUUCUUCAAGUCCCUUUCUGUUCUCUUAGAAAGCUGUUGUGGUUUUGGAGUGUAGUGUAUUUGGAGCACAGAAUUUUGGGGCUGUUCUGCCCUCUGGGCUGGCUCCCUGCCUGCUGCCACACUGUCACUGCUGCCCUCAGCCAGAGCUCAGGUGGCUUUGGCUGAAGCAGAACCUCCUCCCACAACACUCAGCUCCCCUCAAACCUCCCCUCUCUGGUCAGCCACACCUGGGGCAGAACAAGGCUCCUGGGUCUCCAUUUGCUUCAAAAUUAUGGGAUACAAAAAGAGGCUAAAUAAUAGCAUUUUUGCUAUGCUACCUUAAAUUGCAGCACUGGAAGUUUAAUUAAAUUUAUUUAACAAUUCUUGUAACAGUAAUUUCAUUCAUUUAGUUGGAAAGAAAGGAAACAGUAAAUAAGGAUAUUGUGAUAGUCACAAUAUCAUAAAUUGGCAAAUGGUGCAAGUGAAAUAUCGCUAACAUUCAGUAAAAUCCCUUCUUUAAGUGGCUCUACCUAAGAGAACCCUUUUUAUAUUAAAAUUAAGCAGUGCUUGUCUAUUAAAUUCAAAUACUUAAAAUGAACUGUGACAGAUGGCAGUGGUUUUCCUGGACAAUGCAGGAGAUGGAUGCAGGAAGGAUGGUGCAGCACUUUUUGGGGUGUUCUAGCCCCAGACUUGGGGCUGCUGGCAGCUGCAGCAGUGCUCAAGGACUUCAGUCAAAUUAGGAUUUCAGAGUGCCUGGGGCAGCAAAGAUCCAGCCUGAAUGCCCACUUUGUCCUAGAGCAGUUUGGGCUCAGUAAUGGAAUCUUUUUGACACAGCAUGAUUAUUUUGGUUACUCUCAAUCCACUCCACUUCCUGUGCUUGUCCACCUGUAAAUGGCCUAAGGUGAGGGUAAAAAAUCCCUUUGUUGAGUCCAUUACCUUCCUGUCAUAUAUAUGUGAACACUUGGUGGUGGUCUGAGCUUUUUGUGAGGAAAAGUUUGAAAGAAUUAAAUCAGUUUCUACCCCUGAUACAUUACAGGUUUGUUUAAAGUAAAACUAAAUAAUGGCAGCUGCAGUUAUUUUCUUUAUAAAAACAAGGAUAGAGAUAGUGCAUAUAAUGGACCUACAAAUUCAUACAUGCACAAUGCAUAAUUUUUUUUAGAAGUUUAGCUAUUAAUAUUUAUAGUAUUGAUCUGAAAGUUUGCUAACAUUUCUUUAUUAAUGAAAGUAGUCUGGAACCAAAAAUUCAGUGAUUGGAGUGACUACCAUGCCACUAGCAAGCUACUAAAUAAUGCAAGCUCAGGCUUUCAUGAAACCCAAAGGGAAAAAAUUAUUCUGAAUAAAAGUAGAAAUGUAUGGUAAAGACUAUGGGUAUAAAGUUUAACCAUUACUUAUUUACAUAUUAUUUAAGCAAUUAGCAGCUAUAAAAAUAGUCAAAUAAUUAGUUUCCAAAACUUAACUAUAGAUGAAAGAAUAUUUUUUUUCUCAUUGGAAAAGCUAACUUCAGUCUAUGUUCCAUCUACUUUUUCCCCAGACAAUAAAAUGCUAAUAUUGCUAUGACACACUCGCAGGUCUGCACAAUAAAAUGUUACAGAUAGCCCACUACUUGUCAUGAAAAACAUAAUUAUUUUUGUAAAUGAAACAUCCUCUCUGCCCCAACCACAAACGUGGUAAAAUAUCACUCACAUGAGGUUUAUCAGCAUCACUGAAAAAUUAGAAAUUAGCACCUCCUACUCAAGAGCAGGACUUAAAAAACAUGCUUUGUCUGUUGCAAAAAUACAUUCUGAGGGGGAUGCACCAAGUGUGUAGAGGUUAAAGUUUUAUUUGACAAGUCCUAUUCUUUUUUCCUUCCCCUUUCCAAAGGAAGUGCUUAUAUAUGUAGACCAGGCAUUUGCCAUUUGGGUGAGAUGUUCUCCUUCCAAGCAGGAAAGAGAUGAAACAGCCACUGUCUACUGUGAGCAACCUUUAGUUUGCUUUGCAGCAUAAAAAAGUCCUCUAAGUGGCAAUAUAUGAACUCUUAUUAUAAACUUGUUAUGCUCAUUGCAGGAAAUGAGUUCAUAGCCAGCUAAUUAGUAUUUUCCUUAAUGACUUAUGCUUGAGUGUUAACAGAGAAGAGCAGCCUCUGGAGGUGUUUGUGUCAUCAGUUCAGCACUGCAGUCUCACCAGCCUGGAGUGAGCAGCAGGGCAUGGCCAGGCCUGGAAGUGACUUCAACAUGUGCCUAAGCAGACAGGGAAUUUCUGCUUUCUGUUUAACACAAAAAAACCCCUCAUUUGUCCUUGCUAAAUCCAGGCCUGGUGUGGAAUCUGUGCUGUGUUCCAAUUCAGAAGAGGAAAAGCCUUUCCUUUGAAUGAUAAAGAAUUAGGGAGAAAAGCCUGCUGGGGUUGCCUGUCCGAUGUCCUGCUCGAGGCAGGGCUGCCUUUGAGGCUGGGACAGGUUGCACGGGUUUUGUCUUGAUGAGACAAAAAAUCUGAAAAUCUUCAAGGCCCAUGGCUCCACAACCAGUUCUGUCAUUGGGUAUGUUCAAUGCCCUACUGAGGCUGAUAAAAGUGCAGGAAACACCUUUGUGAGUGCACGUGGUUUAUGAUUUUGCCUUUUUGUUCUGUUCUGCACUGAUCUGAUUGGAAUCAAAUUCAGAUCUAGUGGAAUUAAGUGCAAACUCCCUUUUUUCAAAGACUUUCCACUGACAUCAAGAAAUUUUCUUUCUUUCUUGUUGCCAUUGGACUGAGGCAGAUGUGAUCGUGCUGAGGACAUCAGAGCAUUCUCUCCCCUGUGUGUGUGUGUGUGUGUGUGUGUGUGUGAAGCUUCUCUGGCUCUGAAACUGGAAUAGGCACAGAAUCAGGGUCAGGACAUCUGCUGAAGUCUUGUUCUGUAUUGUCUGAGGUCAGUGGCAAAAUCUUGAGUGGCUGCUAAGUUACUAGACUGGCACCAAUGAAAGAAGAGGAUUUACUGAGGUUACUCUUUCUCCUCAAAAGUAUCCUUGGCAAUGCCACAUCUGUUUCAAAUGCUGAUGGAAUGGCAGUGCAAAAUAAAAACCUUUCUUCUACCUCUUUCCUUGUGAUUUUUCAAGCUUUACUUCCUGUAAUGGGAACAAUCAGAAAUAAGUUUUCAGUUGUCCUUUUAAAAGCCCAAACUCCAGACCAAAUUUCUAGUUGCAUUCUUUUAAAGGCCACACAGUGGUGUUAAGCUCUGUAGUAACACACUCAGAAAGGGCCUGAAAGUCUGUGCUGAGAACAGCAUCUCUCACCUCAUAGACUCAGCUGUACCGAGCAAGGAGCUGUGAUUCGUGCCUCUACAGAAAACAACCCAUUUGCACCUUAUUGGAACGAUCUGGAGAGGAAAAAAUAAUGUUGUGGAGACCAGGACAUUUUCUUAAAGUGCUUUACCUGGAGGUCAGUGGAAUUUCAUUUAUAAAUGAUAAAAUGCAUGUAUUUUGAUGCUGAAAUUGUGAUGACUUACAAAGUUUGAUAUUACUGUACUUUUUCUGUGAACAGUGAUUUUUUUGAGGUGGUGAACAUAUUUUCCAAGAGUAUCGUAGACAUUUGUAACAUGUAUGUUUGUGCCAAUAAAUCUUGUUUUAAGAA